AAGUGAGAUAAAGAGGUUAGUAAUAUCCCAAAAUAAUUAAUCAGGAAACCAUGAGACUAAUGAUUUCCUUUUCUCUAGUUGCAGCACUGCUGGCUGUGAAUGUUACGGGUAUAGAUAUCCUCUGUGACUUUAGCAGUGAGGCGCCACUGGAGGAAAACGCUGUGCUUAUGUGCGUAGCCCAAUCUUCUACUGAUAGAUCAAUAUAUGCCAUAUGUCCUUUAAAUGUAAAUGGAGUACCAUAUGGUUGGCAUCCCAUAUCCGGGAAUUAUGAAAAUGGAGAUGGUGUAUAUGUUAGCGGAACGAGCCAUUUGGAAGAGUCCUCAUUAUCGAGAAUGUUAGUUAGUGAAUAUAAAAAUAAAUUAUGGCACUUCGAAGUUCAUGGUAGCAAUGUGAUUCUAUAUAUAAAUGUGCCAGAAGAUGAACAUUUUGUGAUGAAAGACAAUAGGUUGCUUUUCAUAUGUGCGCCGUCCACUUUUAAGCUAACAUCCUCGCUAAAUUACCACUUGACUAGAAAAAUCGAUAUAACCAAAUCUAUACGUAUUCCUUGGAGAGAUGGGUCUGGUUUAACAGAAGCUUUGAAACCAUUUGGUAAAGGAAUUGGAAUGUUAUACCUGCGACGAAGCAAUUUUCAACAACCCCUUCAAGGUUGUGGUAGUAGGUCAUCUAGUUUAUUUUUAGAUAAACAGUUGGUCGAUGUAGAUGCUGAUACUGGAGUGCGUUCAUGUGAAGUUGACCCAAUGUCAAGUACACCUAUUGGUUUCCUCUGCGAGGGUCGCAUGGAGCCUCCAGAGUGUAUGAAAUACCUUAUCGAUACUAACGGGAAAAUACGUCCUAACCGAACGGAGCGAUGGACUCUGAUGAAUCGUUCUACAUUAGUGGUUGCGCAGCCACUUACUUAUUUGGCAACAUCAUUGUUUGAGGGACAUUGUUUGUGCAUUGACCCACUAACUGAUAGGGUCCUUGCCAAGAUUGUGGUCAAGCCUCGGUACGAAUAUGUUUGCGACAUCAAUAACAUGUUGAUGAAGAAUCGGGUGCAGCCAAUCCAUAGCUUUUGGUGUUCCGUUACACUUCACCCUGGCAGUACGUUGACCAUUCGCUUUCCUCCUGACCCGAACAUUAUUCUCAGUGACACCACUAAUACUUCUACGCUACAGGCUGUAUAUCCAUAUGAAACACAGUUUAAACCUAGUACGUUGGAGCAUGUUAGUUUUUUAACCGGUAGAAAGUGGUUUAACAGUCUCCGAAUGGUGGAUUAUAACACCAAGCUUUCUGGCGACGCAUUAUCGAUGGACACUUCUAGUGCGCAUAAAGGUGUGAUAAAGAUCAAGUAUCAUAGAGAUAAACCUUUAGCUAUGAUAGGGGAAUAUGAACCUUUGUGUUUUUACUGGCAGUUGUUACCACACCGAAAUAACGUAUUUGGCAAAAUAAUAACUCCUAUUAAGGUUGCACUUGCUGUGACUCAUCCUUAUGAUAUAAAAGGUUGCGACAGCCAUCAGACCCCAAUAUUCGAUCCCAGUCUAGUUGCUAAAGAUUGCGUAUGGAAGAAGUAUGAGUACAUUAAUGGGUUUCUACAUAAGUGUGUUCUGGAAAAUGCAUAUGGAGCCAUCAAAGCCGGUAUAUUUUGCAAAGAUGGUGAAUCACUGAUGCCGAAUAAUUGUUUAGAGAAUCUUUAUGAUUAUUCACUCGGCAAAACAACUAGAUUACCACAAUCUGUUAAGAGUCUAACAUACGCUAAGGUCAGCGGUAUGAGAAUAUUACAGCUCAGUUACAACAACACUAGACCGUUGAGUGUGGGUUGUAGCUGUGUAGAUUCCCAGGGAUAUGAUAGAUCUCAAUUAAUUCUGCAAUCUAACGUUCAGCAUAUGUUAGUAUUGCCUAUUAUUCCCAUUCCUGAGUUGAAUGGAGAUAUGACAAUGAAGUUAUACAAUUUAGGAAAGUUGACUAUUAGUGAUGCUAGAUCGCCUGGUGGUUCACACAACAUAGAUAUCAUUGGGCAAUAUGAAAAAAUUGUAGUUGCGCGAGGCACCUCCUACUCAUUAGAAUGUAGAUACAGUUACCAAAACAGUAGUCAUUUGCAACAAAUCAUAGAUUCGGAAGAAAUACCUGAUGAAUUAAAAACCUCAUGGAUACCGAAAAAAUCUGAGUCAACAUAUCUAUACAAAUAUAUCACAACGUCGGCAGAUAGAUUGAUAAAAAGAAAUUAUAAAGAUGUAAUCACGGGCAGCAGCAAAGUUAUAAGCGUAACUCACAAGCAGAGCAAUGAUUCGCCAGCGCUAUUAACAUUUAGCUACCGUUCUAGCGGCAUAUUGAUAUCUAAAGACCCCAACAAUGCGAAUUCACUAUCUUUCCAUUAUUUAUGUGGCCUCCGACCAGAUGUGGGAUAUGGAUUGGUAGAUAGGAUAUCAGAGGUUGACAGGGAGCGGCUAAACAUAACUGACCUCCGUUAUCCUAGUGGUACAUACAAACUGUUAGAGAUGGUCGUAGUCACAACUGAUCCAUAUGUCCAUGGAUGUGGUGUCACAUUCACUGGUGAAGAAAUAUUCAAACCAGAUACCGUGCAUAUCACUGAUGCAAAUGACGGUUCAUCUGGGUGUCAGGUGGACCUCAGUGAACAUCGAGAGUGUGGUUUUUACUGCCCGCCUCCCUACGUCAUUGACCCUCCAUUAUGUUUCCAGGAGGUAUUAGUAGAUGGAGUUGUGACUCAGCUCAGUGACAUUAGCGACUCCAUGGUAUACCACAAGUCAACUCACUUUUCUUUGUUAAGUCUACAUCAUUCCCACAAGCAAUCCAACCAAGAGCCAAAGAUGUCUCCUCCUUUGCAAUGUCGUUGCCUUUCUAUAACCGGUGAAGUUAUUUCUACGAUCAACAUAGUGAACUACUACUCAAAUGAUUCGUUCAAAAGACCCAAGGGUCUUAUGCGAGUCUAUCGUCAUAUACUAGACGAGUUGUUUGGGCAAUAACCCAACCAUGAAGGUGACCCAAUUCGUGCAACAAUUGUGACACCUAGUCAAACC